AUGAUUCCUGUGUCCAAUAACACUGUGUCGCGCCGCAUUGAUGCCAUGUCUGAAGACAUCCUGGCUACACUAGUCAGCCGUGUGAAGAAAAGUGAGUUUUACUCUCUGCAAGUAGACGAGUCUACAGAUGUUGCAAAUCUGGCCAAUCUUCUUGUGUAUGUCCGUUACCUUUUUGAAGGAACGGUACAAGAAGAUUUUUUGUUCUGUCGGCCCCUUGCUACCCGAACAACAGGAGAGGAAAUCUUCAAUUUAAUUGACGUUUUUAUGAGGACCAAUGGGAUCGACUGGGAGCGCUGUGUGGGAAUUUGCACAGACGGGGCAAAAUCAAUGACGGGGAAACACACGGGGCUUAUAGCUCAUAUUAGGAGAGUCUGUCCAUCCAUCAGCUGGUUACACUGCAGUGUUCACAGAGAGGCCCUCGCAGCCAAAAACAUGCCAGCUGAUCUACUUGCAGUGCUGAACGACGCAGUCAAACUGGUGAACUUCAUCAAAGCUCGCCCGCUAAAUUCAAGACUAUUCACACUGUUAUGUAAUGAGGUGGGCAGCGAACAAAAAUCACUGCUGCUGCACACAGAGGUGCGUUGGCUGUCCCGCGGCAAAGUGCUGACAAGGCUCUUUGAACUCCAGCACGAGCUGCAGCAGUUUUUUGAGGAGAAUCCGUUUCAUUUGGCCUCCAGUCUGCAUGACGAAGAUUUUCUGAAGAGGCUCGCCUAUCUAGCGGACAUCUUCUCAGCUCUGAAUGAACUCAAUCUAAGUCUGCAGGGAGUCAGUGUAACUGUGUUCAACACACAAGACAGGAUUGAGGCCAUGAUAAAGAAGCUACGGUUCUGGGCGAGUUGUGUGAGUGGGAACACACACCUGUGUUUCCCUACGCUUCACGAGUUCUUGGGGGAAAAUGACGUGGACCUGGGUGAGCAUGUGAAAAGUCUCAUAAUUGAACACCUCAACCAACUCGCCGAGCAGCUACGGAAACACUUCCCACCUAUGGACACAUCUCACGCUUGGAUUCGCAAUCCAUUUGAAGUUUCCCUGCCCGUCCCACAGCUGUCAUUUCACGAGCAGGAGCAGCUGAUCGAGCUGUCAUCUGAUGGAGCACUGCAGUUGCAGUUCAAACUAAAGCCACUUGUGGAUUUUUGGACCGAGUCACUGACAUCAUACACAGUCCUGGCAAAGCAAGCCUCGAGAGUUUUGAUGCCCUUCGCCACAACUUAUCUCUGCGAGGCUGGUUUCUCUGCUAUGGCAGCAGUUAAAACUAAACAUCGGCAAAGACUGGAUGCUGUUGAGAAGGAUUUGAGGCUUAAACUGUCUUCCAUUGCGCCAAACUUCGGAGAGCUUUGUGCCAAGAUGCAAGCCCACCCGUCGCAUUAA